UGAUGGGACUUUUGUCCUUUUGUCAAAAUGUAAACCCUUAGAUUAAUUCAAUCCAACAGCUACAAAAUGUCCAAGAAACAAAUUAUAUUUCAAUGGUUGAGAUUGUUUGUUCACAUCCUACGGUGGAUAUACAUUCUUUCCUUCCAUACCUUUCUUCAGCUGGCUCUCUCUCUCUCAUUCAAAAUUCAAAAUUCAAAAUUCAAAAUUCAAAAUUCAGUUGUCUCCCUCGUCUCUCACUCUCAGGGCUCACAGAUUGGAGGGGAGGAUUUUCAAUGUCAUGGCCUCAUCAGUUUCUCAAUAGUGGUGAUUUGCAGAAUGAUAAUGAGUUGUGGUGCACAGCAGAUGUGAGCAGUGGGUUUUGUUUUGGGGUUCACAUUAGAGAGCUUGAGGAAGAAGUGAAACUUCUUUAUAUUUCUCAAUGUCUUAAGUUUUUGAUUGUUGUGCAUGCUUCUCAAUGGGGAUACAUAGAAGUUGAUACAAAAAAAUUUUGGAAAGUGAUGAGACGCUCCUACGAAUUCUAAGAAAGAACAAGUUUGAAAAUCAUAUUUAUUUUUUGUGAAAAGCGUACAUAUGCUAGCUACGAUCUAGAUUUUGUAAAGUUUCCUAUCAAUGUGAAUUUUAGUUUUGUAAAGCCUUUUAUCCAUGUGCAAUUUAUAACUAAGUUUAGAUGUAUGUUAUAUAAUAUUCAUUUGAAUUAUUCACUCGGUCAUAUAGUCUUUUUUCUUUUUUCUUCCUAAUAUGCUCUUGAAUUAGCUUAAAGAAAACUAAUCAUCUUUUUUUUUUUUUUGUUGAAUUUGAAUUUGUGCUUUCUUAUAUAUUUUUAACAAGAAGGGUGUUGCUUUUAAUAUAUGAUUGGAUUGUGUACGUAUUAAUCUUUUAAAAUAAUUGUUCAUUGCACAAUUUUUGUCAUUUUUUUUUGAAUUGCAAAGCACGGCUGGUGUGCUUUAUUUAUUUGUUAUUUUUUUCUAUUGUGGAGCAUUGAUUGGCGUGCUUAAUUUGUUAUAUGUCCUUUUUUUUCGUAUUGUAGAAUAUUGAUUGAUGUGCUUAAUUUGUUAUUUGGCAUUUUCUUUGUAUUGCAGAGCACGAACUGGUGUGCUUAAUUUAUUUUUAUUUUUUUUCUAUUGCAGAGUAUUGGUUGACGUAUUUCGUCUGAUUUUUAUUAUAUGUUUCUGUGUUGUGAGACUUACAUUUUAUUGUUUAUUUAAAAUCUUAAAAUUAUUCCAAUUACAUUUUCAUUCCAAUAAUAUUUUCACCGUGCCUUUAGGCACGGGCAUA